GCCCAUUCGUCCUCUGAUGUCCGAUUAUCCUGAAGGCCGUGAAGGCAGCGUGGGUUCUGGGCUGGACAGGAAACGACGGAGACGCACAGCGUGUCUUCUCCACGGCAAGAAUGGGUGUCGGUGUGGAGUACAUGUACAUGUAGAAGAGGCUGAGCGUGAAACCAUGAUGAAGACAACGGACACUUUUAAGGAGCUAUCGCACAAAAACCACAGUUCGGCGCAUAAAAGCGUUGAGGUGUGACCCAUCUGCCUCGCCACUGUGUGAUAUCCCCCCACCGGAGGACACAGCAGGAGAAGAGGACCCUCUUUGUCAUUCCCAUUUCACCCAGAUAAAAAGGCUCUGUCAGAGUGGAGUGGUGGUGUUGACUGAACUUCAACCUCAGUAGGAAGAGGGACAAUCCACUUCAGAGAUGGAUCAAGUGUCAGACGACGAGUUGGACCAUGGAGCCGAGGAGGACAGCGAUAAGGAGGACCAAGACCUGGACAAGAUGUUCGGAGCCUGGCUGGGGGAGUUGGACAAGCUCACACAGAGUCUGGAUGACAGCAGACCCCAGAAGGCACUGCAGAAGCCUCCUCUCAGGCAGGAGACAAACAUGGCAAACUUCUCCUACCGCUUCUCAAUGUAUAAUAUCAACGAGGCACUGAACCAGGGCGACACAGUCGACUUGGACGCUCUCAUGGCUGACUUGUGUACCAUUGAACAGGAGCUUACCACCAUUUCUAAACCAAACUCACGCAGCCAGAGCAAGCGGGCCCCUGGGGGACGCAGUGCCAGCACCAAGCACGCGGGCACCAGUGGAGGAGGAAGCAGUGGAGGUAGUGCAAGUAGCAGCACCAGAGCAUCUCCUGCCAACACGGUGCGAGGCAGCAGUUCCACCACCCGCCCUGUUGCCUCCAACAUUUCCCUGGACGACAUCACCUCUCAGCUGGAGAAGGCCUCCCUCAGCAUGGACGAAGCUGCCCGUCAGACCUCCUCCUCGUCCUCGUCCUCUUCGUCCUCCUUCUCCUCCGCCACGCUGCGGCGACCCUCGUCCGGCUCGUCUGGCGGUGGGCAGCAUCGGCGGACGGGCUCGGUGGGCGCUGUGAGUGAACAGGAAGCCCCGUCCCAGCGCUCCAGCGUCAACUCGGCGUGUGUGUCCGCGUCCAGCAUGGACUCCCUGGACAUUGAUAAAGUGACAGCUGGAGAAGGGGAUGACAGGAGUAGCCCUACCGUGCAAAACCAGACGAGCACAGAGCAUGUCACACUGCGGUGGGCCAACGGUAAAACGGCCAGGCGGCACCUUGACUUUACCUCGCAAGAGGGUGAAGUGGAUCGGGCCACUCACUCCUAUUUGGAUCAAGAAACUUCGCUCAUUCUGAAAAGCAUAGCUGGAAAGCCUUCUCACCUCCUGACCAAGGAGGAGCAAGCUGCUAAGCUGAAGGCAGAGAAGAUCCGAGUGGCCCUGGAGAAAAUUAAAGAAGCUCAGGUCAAAAAGCUGGUGAUCAGGGUGCACAUGUCAGACGAGAGCUCCAAGACCAUGAUGGUGGACGAGAGGCAGACGGUCAGGCAGGUCCUUGACAGCCUGCUGGACAAGUCACACUGUGGCUACAGUCCUGACUGGUCUCUGGUGGAAACCAUUAACGAGCUUCAAAUGGAGCGUAUUUUCGAGGAUCACGAGAACUUGGUGGAGAAUCUGUUGAAUUGGACGCGGGACAGUCACAACAAGCUGAUGUUCAUUGAGCGCAUCGAAAAAUACGCUCUCUUCAAGAACCCUCAGAACUAUUUGCUGGGGCGCAAAGAGACUUCUGAAAUGGCAGACAGAAACAAAGAGGCUUUACUAGAAGAGUGCUUUUGCGGAGGCUCUGUAUCUGUGCCAGAGAUCGAAGGUGUGCUGUGGCUUAAGGAAGAUGGGAAGAAGUCAUGGAAGAAGCGCUACUUCCUCCUCAGGGCUUCUGGAAUCUAUUAUGUCCCAAAAGGCAAAGCAAAGGCAUCGAGAGAUCUUGUAUGCUUCCUACAGCUGGACCAUGUUAAUGUGUACUAUGGUCAAGAUUAUCGCAGCAAAUAUAAAGCUCCCACUGACUACUGCUUGGCUUUGAAGCAUCCACAGAUCCAGAAGAAGUCGCAGUAUAUUAAGUAUCUGUGCUGUGAUGAUGUCAGGACUUUGCACCAGUGGAUAAACGGAAUUCGAAUUGCAAAGUAUGGGAAGCAGCUCUAUGGGAACUACCAGGAGGCCAUGAAAAGAACCGAGGCAGCCUACGAUUGGUCCUCUCUGUCCACCUCUAGUAUCCGAUCAGGCUCCAGUUCUGCAAGCAUACCCGAAUCCCAGUCCAAUCAUUCAGGCCAUUCAGACAGUGGUGUGGACACAGGAUCUUCUCAUGGUCGUUCCCAGAGUGUGGUGAGCUCCAUUUUCUCAGAGGCUUGGAAGAGAGGCACUCAAAUCGAGGAGAACACCAAGAUGCGAAUGGAGGCGUCCAGAGGGGCCACUUUGCCGCACGCUACCCACAGCCACCGCCAUCACAGCCAGCAUUCGGUUGACCACCCAGCUUUGACACCUCCUCCUCAGUCUCAUCCCCACCAACAGCAUCAACCACAGGGUGUGGAGCAGCACAUUUCCCCGCCGUCGCCUCAACAGGCCCAGCAGCCUCUGCCACAGUCGCCUCAGCGCUCACAGCAACCUCCUCAACAACAGCAGCAUCUUCACGCCAUGAGCAACUACAACCAUAUGCCCCCUCAACAGCCACCAAACCUUGGCAGCAACUACAGCCACUUGCCGCCAGCAGCACUGUCACCACAACAGCAGCAGACGCACUCAAACUACACCCAGGUACCAUCCCAACAGGCGCCACACCCUGGGAGCAACUACAGCCACAUACCACCACCACCCUCACUCCAACAGCAGCAGAUGUACUCAAACUACAACCAGGCGCCGCCUCAACAGGCGCCACCACACACAGUCAGCACCUACAACCAACAGCUGCCACAAAGCGUGAGUAACUACAGCCCGAUCCCUCCCCCGCAGCAACAGCCCGCCCCUGCACCCCCCCCUCCUCCGCCGCCGCCGCCACCCCCGCCGCCGCUGCCACCUCCAGUCCAAAACGUGUCGCACCACUCUCCAGCUCCCACCAUGUACAAGUUCAGCACCAUAAACAGGCUGCAGAACCAGCAAUCAUCUCUGGCUGCCAAUCACCGCAGGAUGCCCACUCACCUCCAUCCCCAGAAACUUUCUGCAUCUCCGGCGCCAACCAAACCAAACGUCAACCACAUCGCAGCAAGGACAAAUGUCCCGCCGCCACCCCCUCCCCCACCGCCACUUUGUAUGCCAACUCCUGGUUCAGCCAUGGCAGUGUUGAAGCUCGGCCCUCCAAAUCCGGGCGCCCUCGCUGCCUUUAUCCCGCCAACCAAAGGGGGGGUAUUUCCACCCCCUCCUCCGCCACCCCCGGCUGCACCUGGUCCAGUCAGCCAGUCCACCUACAACAUUGGGCUGAAGCGUGCACUGAAGGAUAGGUUUCCUAGCCCACCACGGGAUCUUUUGUCUGCAAAUGGAGAUCUUGAAGAGUCACCGACUCCCACCCCUACACCCCCACCGCCACCUCCGCCGCCGCCACCUCCACCACCCCCUCCUCCGCCUCCCCAACAGACCUCCGUGCCAGUCCAGUUCCCCCCUCCUCCACCGGCAGCACCACCCAAAUCCUUCACACCAGGGUUUGUUCCCAAACCGUUGUCACCUGUCUCACCCUUCCCACCUGCUCCACCUCCUGCCUCCAUGGGUGGGCUUCCACCGCCGCCACCACCCCCUCCUCCACCUGGCCCCCUUAAGAAGCAGUUCAGUCUCCAGACAGGCUACACCUCCAGCCAACCUCCGCCAACGCUGCCCAAGCAGCACAGCCUGUCUAAGCCCCCAGGUGUUUGCACAGGUACGCCCCCUGUAACGUCAUUGGUCAAACAGCUCACGAGUCAGUUUCCGGGGGCUUUAACCCAGGUAGCCCCUCCUCUCUCCCCGCCUGCAGUCAAGUCCAAACCAAAAUGGCAGCCUGGUGGUGGUCAGCAGCUACAGUCUCCAGAGUUCCCUCCCCCUCCGGACAGCGCCCAAGUCCACAGUGGUGGUUUUCCUACCCCACCACCUCCACCCCCAGCUCCCUUGGCCACUGCCUCAUGCCCAGCACCCCCGGCGCCUCCCCCUCCACCUUGGAACAUGGGACCUUCUGGCAACUGCAGUCUGGUAGGUAACAAACCUCCUCCCGCCCCCCAAAGAAACUCUAGCAUCAAGUCCAACGCCUAUGAGGAAUCUAAAAGAAACCUGCUCAGUAAAUUUGCCCCCCAGAGUAACACUCCUCCAUCCUCCCCGUCUCCCACUGCUGCAUCCACUGGCUCUCCAUCAAAGGAUCCCUCAGGGGGUCCCCCCGCACCCCCUAAACCCGGCAAGCUCAACCUGUCUAACCUUCCCUUGGCUCUUCAAGCCAAAGUGAGCCAGGCUAAACAAUCUGGUGGCGACUUCCCCUCCCCGCCACCUGAUUGCGCCUACUUCCCUCCGCCGCCGCCAGCAUCUGAGCUGUUCCCGCCUCCACCUGCUCCUGGUAGCGAUUCCCAUAAUGGUGGCCCUCCCAGAGUGGCUGUGGUCAACCCCCAGCCCCAAGCUCCCCCUCCUCCUCCGCCGGUCUCUUUUAUCAAUAACUCUUCAUGGGGUAAGAACUCGCUUAAAAAGACUCCUCCCCCAACGCUGGUGCGCCGAAGCAACACCACGCCAGAGCCCCAACCCCUCUCACCAACACCACAAGUCCCUCCGCCCACCUCACCAAAGGGCAGCUCAGGACAGCCCAACUUUCUAGAGGACCUGAACCGGACCCUUAAGCGAAAAUCCGUGGGUCGGCAAGGCAAAAUGGACCCUGCUGGGACGAUGGAUGACAUGGCGCUGCCUCCGCCACCGCCUGAGCUGCUCCCUGAACAGAGCAACGGAGGAAGUGGCGGCUACAUGUCUGGUAACAUCUCAGGCUAUGCAACGCUGCGACGAGGACCCCCACCUGCGCCACCAAAACGGGGGGACGGCACCAAGCUUACUGGAGAGUGUUGAAAAACAUGUGAGAAUAUUCCCCUCCUUGUUUUGGGUCAUAACAACCAAGUCUGUAAAUACAAAAAGAUGGUGGUUCACAUUUCUCAAAUGCUUGGCUUUCUAGAUCUGCAAACUUUUAUUAACAUUUACUCAUUCUUUGUAGCGCAGGUUUUUCAGUCUAAACUCUUAAAGGGGUCCUAUCUUACAUUUGCAACUUCUCAGACUGAUCUUUCAAAGGUUGUUCUGCGUGAUGUGGAAUUGUCGAAUAAUGAAGUUGGGGUGUUUUUAACUUAUCCCCGCUUUCAUUUUUAUGCCACUCCUAAAUAUCGGGUAUGACAAAUUACCCAAUUUACCAUUUUUUCUUUCUGAAAAAUGACAGCCAGAAAUAGUUUUUUUCAUAUUUACUGUUUGCUGAUAUCCAUUAGCACGUAACGUGUGAGGGAUGACCAAUCGCAACAGAGUAGGCGUGGUCUGGGAAGAAGCUGCGGAAUCCGAGCAUUUCUUGCCAAGAAGAGAAGAGUGCAGAUUUACCCUGUUCACAACUAUUUAGUGUUUGGCACACUCACUUGCUGUAUUGGUGCUGCACUGAUACUGUUGGUGCUUCAUAAUGGCGCCAUCUGCUGGACUAAAAAAGUCACCACAUUUGACCUGAAAUAAAAUUAAUAGCGAAUAUAAUUAUUAUUGUUUUAAAUAUUCCACACGUGUAGUUAUACAAAAAGGUAUGUGAAGCCGACAGAAGCGUUUCCCGAUGAACACAGUUUGGUGUGUUGUAGUCAAACGACACAGCAGCUGUAUUGGUCACGUAACUUUUCUUAAAGUGACACACCGAGAGACACAGUCUUUGUGUUUCAUAAUACUGUAUCGUUUGACCCAUCUCUACCAUUUUAUAAAAAUACUAGAGUGACCCGCUGGGAUCCAGUAUGUCUUUAUGAGCACGAUAGGACCCCUUUAAUGAUAAAUCCCAUCUUGUGCACCAAGCAUUUCAACACAAAUCAAAAUUUGAUAAAUUCCAAACUAAGUAUCCAAGCUUUGACUGGAAAGAGGAAAAAUACUUUGUUCAGGCUGUAGAUGGGGAGUGCAUGUGUUGUGUGAUUGCUGAGCAUGUGCAUACAUGCAGUAUGAUAGCGAGGUGCAGGUAUUGUUUGCUUUUGUGUGAAAUUAUUUAAAUGCUAAAUUGAAGUGCUUGGUCAACGGUGGUUAUGGAAUGUAUAUUGGAGGUUAACAUGAGUUGUUCACACCAACAAAAGGUCAAAACAGACUUUCAAAGAUGCGGUGUCUUAAACAUUUCUAGAUGGUCUCAUGACAAAAGCAAAGAAGGAGGCCUUAUUCUUUAAGUCUUGCACAACGCCGAUGAAGGAAGGAGUGUUUUUUUCUCCAGGCUCAGCAGCCUGGAUGGAAAUUGCUCUUUACUAUUUUUAAUCUAAUGCAAAACUUGCCAUGGACUUAUUUUAAAAUGUGUGUUGUGGAGUGUGUUUUUUUUUUUUAUACAUUUGUACAGUUGCUGUAGCUGCUGUUUUUUUCCAUCGCCCCCUGCCAAGUCACAGGACCACAACCCAGGAAGGAGCCGCAAAGCAACAUGUCAGCCCGCUUAAUGUACAGCGCAUCAAAUAUGUAGAGAACAACAAAUGUGACAGACUUAGGACUUGAAUGUUGCACUCAUAUUAGUGUCUGUUUCUUGUCUCAUGGCCUUCAUUUUGCAAGGUGCUCGUGCUGUUCUUACAUUUCAACAUGUAUCAGGAUGGCGCUUAUAUUUACACUUUCGAAAAAUUAAAUGGAUUACAAUGAUUGUAUUUUAUUUUAUUGGUCUUUGAUCUGAGGGGAAAAAGAGUUGCAUACAGUUGAUUUUCUUUUCUUCUUUUUUUUUAUACCCAGCUCAUUUGUGGAAUAUCAUUUCUUUAAAAAAAAAAAAAGUAUCACAGUCUUGAACAGGAUGUUUGCUACAGUUCUGUGUGUAAGUUAUUGAUGUGCUCAUGUGGGACCUAAAUAGUUGCAGACUGAAUACAUGUCAUUGCAUAUAAAUCCAAAAUUCACAAUAUAAAUGUUCAAACCA